AUGGGGGAAGAGGAAGAAAAGAAAUCGGCAAAUCAGAAGAAUUUCUUCUCACGAAUUAGGCAUUCAACGGUGUGGAAAGAUUCCACAAACAUUCUUCUGCUCGUUUUUCUCUACACACUGCAAGGUAUUCUCCUUGGUAUUACAUCGGUUGUUCCACUUUUACUACAAUCAAACAAGAAAACUGUCAGUUAUCGAGAUGUGGGCAUCUUUUCAUGGGUUUACUGGACAUUUUCACUCAAACUCAUCUGGGCACCCUUCGUGGAUACGUUCUACUUCAAGCGAAUCGGUCGACGAAAGUCCUGGCUCAUUCCUGUACAAUUAGCUAUUGGUGGUAUGUUUUUCAUUAUCGGAGGUUUUGUCGAUCGUUGGUUGGGUCGACCUGUGGGUGAUGCUUGGGGACCCCUGGGAACCACUGGUGAUGUCCAAAUUUUUGCCCUCACUGCAGCAUUUUUCAGUCUCAAUUUCCUCGCUGCCACUCAAGACAUCGCUGUGGAUGGUUGGGCCAUAUCUAUGCUAUCCAAAAGGAAUCUAGGCUGGGCACCAACUUGCCAAACCACUGGACAAAGCAUUGGUAUACUAGUCGGCUCCACUCUUUUCAUGGUUUUUGAGUCCCCAGAUAUGUGCAACGACCAUUUUCGUUCUACUCCUAUCCCUGGAAAAGGAUUCAUCAGCUUCUCUGGUUUUCUUUACGCCUGUGGAGUGCUUUUUACUAUUUCAACAAUUCCGGUUGGUUUGUUUAAGAAGGAAAUUGAAAAUUCCAAUCAUGAGACUUCCUCACAAGUUGUUGAUGUAACUGUGAAUGAAAAUGAUGGCAAUGAAGAAGCCUCGCGUGAUCCAGUUGGUUCCGAGGAGCUGGAAUUACCAUCAAACAAAGAAAAUGAGGUGUUAGAAGAGAAGAACGAAAAUCAGACCACCAUGUCGAGGUGUAAAUUCUUCUCUCGAGCUUACAUAACAAUGAUCCGAAUGUUGAUGCUGAAACCAGUUCUUGUAUAUGUUGCGUUCAUAUUAGCACGAAACUUCAUUUUAAUCGCAAGUGAUUCUGCCUCCGGGUUGAAGCUUAUCGAAAGAGGACUCUCGAAGGAACAGGUUUCUCUUAUAAGCAUGUUUAUGAUACCUUACGACAUUGUACUCCCACUUCUUGUCGUUCGAUGCAGCAGUGGUCCUCGACCAAUCAGCACUAUGCUCAAAUUCUCCAUUCCAUUAUUCUUUCUGUCUUUUACAUCAAUACCACUUGUCUACUACGUUGAUUACUUUAAAACGGAGACAUCGAUUAACUCAACAAUCGUUAAUGGAAAUAGCAGCAGUAUAAUCCAAGGUACCAGGGUGACCAUAUCACCCUACUUCUACGCAAUCAUCGCGAUGCUUACUGCAAUUUCUUCUGUAUUUGAAUCAAUUGUAUAUUUGAGUCAAGGAACCUUUCAUGCUCGAAUUGCUGAUCCAUUACUUGGGGGUACUUACAUGACUCUACUCAACACACUCGCCAACCUAUGUAAGUGUUAUUGA